UAGCACGACUUCCGGCUGCGGGACAGACUAGAGUCGCAAGAAUCAAGUGAACACGGAUUAGAUAAUAAAAUAAAUGCAUAUGGAUCUACUCAGUUGGAUGUGUUGAAUGUCGUGCUGCUGCACUACCACGACACCGCGGCUUUGCCAGUGUGCCAGAAGUGAGUGACCGUAACCUCAGGUUUGACCAGCUGUAGCCAUGAACAAGCAGCCCAGUAAGGAGUCUCUGAAGGACAAGGUGAAGGGGAUAUUUGGCAUUCGGCCGACGCACAUCUCCACCAAGCCCAGCGAGCCGAAGCCCUCGGAGUUCAUCAUCACCCAGGACAUUCUCAAGGAGCUGAGCCCCGAAUGUGGAAUCAACAACCGGAUCAAGGUCAUCAAUCAUGUUUGUGACCUGGCGAAAUCCAAAAAAUUUGAGCAGAAUGCGGUGGAGGCGGUGUGGAAGGCUGUGGAGGACAUGCUCCAGACAGACUCUCCACCUGAGGCCCGACACGCAGUCCUGCAGCUGCUCAGAGCCAUCAUACACGGACAGGGGGAGAGCCUUGGCCCAUUGAGGGCGUAUUUCUUUAAGCUGAUCUGGCUGUAUCAGCCCUCCAAUGAGGACCUACCCGAGCGCCUGGGCGUCUUCAAGGCCCUCACGGAGAACGGCAAAGACAUCACAUAUCUGGAGGAAGACAUUGCGCGGUUUGUGCUGCUGUGGAUGGACAUGGGCCUGACAGCCGACUUCCUCCAUGUCUUGGUCAACCUGGUGAAGUUCAACAGCUGCUACCUGGACCAGAAUGUCUCCCUCAUGGUCCAGAAAAUCUGCCUUUUGUGUAAUCGGACCACAUCCUCCACGGAUAUCGAGGUGGCGCUUCAGGUGUUGGAUGCAGUGGUGUGCUACAACUGCCUGCCGUCUGACUCCCUCACCAUCUUCAUUAUCACCCUCUGCCGAACUGUGAAUGUCAAAGAGUUCUGUGAAUCCUGUUGGAAGCUGAUGCGUAAGGUCCUGGGAACUCACCUGGGCCACAGUGCCAUAUACACCAUGUGUCACAUCAUGGAGGAAAGGGCCUACACUGAGGAUGCUGCUCUGCUUCGCGGCGCUGUCUUCUUCGUUGGUAUGGCGUUGUGGGGAGCACACAGGCUCCCUGCACUCAAGAACACGCCCACACUAGUGCUGCCCUCUUUCUUCAAGGCCAUGGCCUGUGCCAAUGAAUUGGUCUCAUACGAGAUCGUGCUGUCCAUCACGCGGCUGAUCAAAAAGUACGGCAAGGAACUACAGGUGGUGACGUGGGACAUUCUGCUGGGUAUCAUAGAGCGACUUCUCCAGCAGAUACAAACGAUAGGCAGCCCCGAGUUGAAGUCCAUUGUGUACGAGCUGCUCAGCACUGUGGAGGAGCUGUACGAGCAGAAUGGUUACCAUGGCUCCUGUGACAAGUUCUUCAGCCUGGUGGAGAAGUGUGCUGACAAGCGUCCGGAUGCGUCAGUGCUGACCCUCAUCUCCUACCGAGCCCAGUCCAUUCAGCCUGCCAAAGACGGCUGGAUUCAGAGUCUGCAUCGGCUGAUGGAGAAGUUCUUCAGGAAUGAGACUCGCAGUGUUAUUCGGAUUAAAGUCCUUCACAUCCUCUCCUUUGUCCUGAGUACGAAUCGCCAGCUAUAUGAGGAGGAGUUGAUUGAGGUGGUGGUGAUCCCGCAGCUGGGCCAGAUAGCGGAGGACCGGGACCUGCUGGUCAGGAAACAGGCCACGCAGCUGCUGGUGGACCUGGCAGAGGGCUGCAGCACGCACCACUUCAACAGCCUGCUGGACAUCAUCGAGAGGGUGGCCAGCCGCCCCCUGAUCGCUGGCUCUAUGGACGGGGAAAGGGACCUCACUGCUGAGUCACCAAUGGAGGACGUGAAGACGGCCAUCUUGGGACUGCUGGAAAUCUUACAGAGUAAGAUGUACAGCGUGCCAGCCAGCCAUGCCAGCCGGGUGUAUGAGAUGCUGAUCAGCCACCUGCAGCUGCACUACAAGCACAAGUACACCUCCCCCAUCGCCAGCAGCAUCCGGCUACAGGUGUUUGACUUCUUACUGCUGAUGCGAGCUGACUCCCUUCACCGUCUUGGCGUCCCCAACAAAGAUGGAGUCAUGCGCUUUAGUCCCUAUUGCCACUGUGAUAUGGGGGAGCCAGAGAAGCGUGUGAGUGAGAAGAAGCCGGCGGGCUCAGUGUCUCCCCCUGCUGGAAGUCCCGCUCCCCCGGUGGUGCCACCCUCCUCCAUCCGCACCGCCUACCUGCCCUACAACCUAGCCUUCACCGUAGUCCUGCAGUGCCUCAAGAUGGAUGCCGAUUGGAAGGUGCUGAAGCUGGUCCUGGACAAGUUGCCGUGGACGCUGCAGUACAAGGUCCUCCUCCUGACCUCGCCCUGUAGCAUCGACCAGCUCUGCUCCAUACUCUGCUCCAUGGUGACUGAUCGUAUGAUUGGCGAGCGUCUGAAGAGGGCUCCGGAUGGGUUUGCUCGUACGGACGUGCAGCUGGCCGUGGUGCCUGUGCUGACCGCCCUCACCUCCUACCACAGCUACCUGGAACAGCCACGACAGAGGGAGCUGGUGCAGUGUCUGGAGACGGGCCUGAUCUGCCGCUGUGCCAAGCAGUGUGUGGUGGCGCUGACCAUGUGCACGGUGGAGAUGCCCGACAUCAUGAUCAAGCUCCUGCCUGCCCUCAUCGUCAAGCUCACCCACAUCUCCGCCACCGUCGCCAUGGCAUCGCCCAUGCUGGAGUUCCUCUCUACGUUGGUGCGGCUGCCUCAUCUCUAUGCCAACUUCGUGGCGGAGCAGUAUGUCAGCGUCUUCGCCAUCUCGCUGCCUUACACCAACCCCUUCAAGUUCAAUCAGUACAUAGUCUCGCUGGCUCACCAUGUCAUUGCUAUGUGGUUCAUUAGAUGUCGACUGCCCUUCAGGAAAGACUUUGUGCAGUACAUCACUAAGGGUUUGCGGUCGAACGCUCUGCUGCCGUUCGAUGACACACUCGAGCAGAGCAGCUUCCGAGCUCGCAGCACCAGCCUUAACGAGAGGCCCAAGAGUCUGCGUGCGGUCAAAGUGGCGAAGCAGGGCCCGAGUAACAACUCCCCCAUUAAAGAGCUGAAAGAUCUGUCGGCCAUGGACGCCUUCCGCUCCCGAAGCAUCAGCGUCUCCGAGCACGCGGUGCGCAGGAUGCAAACGUCCAACACCACCUGCAGCCUGGGCUCGGCCGACGAGAACGCCGUCCUGCAGGCGGACGACACCCUGAAGACCGUUCACCUGGAGCUCACCGAGACCUGUCUGGACAUGAUGGCACGCUACGUCUUCUCAAACUUCUCAGCGCUGCCCAAAAGAUCUCCCAUUGCAGACUUCCUUCUCUCCGGUGGCCAGAGCAUGACGUGGUUGGUGGGCAACAAACUGGUCACCAUCACCACGAGUGGCGGGGCGAGAACCCAAGCCCUGCUGGGCCUGGACAUGACUGAGCGACCCGGGGGAGGAGCAGUGGAGAUGACCAGGUCGGACCCGUCCCUCCACACCAGACAGACCAAAGAGGCGCCGGCCAAACUGGAGUCGCAGUCCAGCCUGCAACUCAACAGCAGAAACGCACGCAUCCGACAACGCUCCAUGUCAGGGGGCCAUGCGUUGAGAGGGGGCCCUGCCCAGAGCCUGAGCCCGCUGGUGUCCCCCUCUGACGGGGAGCUGUGCGGGCCGCUGCCCCCUCCCGGCCCACCUCUGGAGGGCCUCGGAGCCCUCAGGGGAGCGGCAGCCACCGCCGCCGACGAGCAGCAGAGCUCCGCCUCCUCCUCCACCGCUGCCCCUCCCCCGCUCAAGGAGAAGGCCAGCCUGGCCGAGUUCGUGCCCAUGCUCACCCAGGGCUGGGCCGAGAUCUUCAUCCGCAGGCCCUCAGGCAACACCAGCUGGCUGAUGUGUCUGGAGAACCCCCCCAGCCCCUUCUCCUCGGAGCUGGGCAACAUGCCACUGCAGGACCUUUCCAGCGUCCUCAUGGCCAUGGAGGGCAUCAAGGAGGCGCCCCCCGCACCCCCUGCCACCGCCACCACCGUCACCGGGACUGGGAAUACUGGGAAUACUGCUGCUACUACUGGGAAUACUGGGACUGCUACUGGGAAUACUGCUGCUGCAGCCCCGGCUGAUGCACCUCAAGCCCUCAGCAAACCCUCCCUCAUCCAGCGCUCCAACACAGUGGGCGCUCUGGCCUCUCUCUGCCCGCCUGCGCUGCUGCAGGGCAGGUUGCUUAGGAGCAUUUCCUGGGCAGACUCUGUGGUGGUCCUAGAGGAGGGUGCCGCAGCUGGCAUGGGAGUUGGCGUGGGUGGUCCAAGAGGUCUUGACUCCCUUGAUCUGGAGGAGUUUGAGGCCAUGCCCACAGAGCCCAUCUUCAUGAGCGAUAAGUUCACCACCAGCAGCAGCAACAAGACCACGCCCGCCCCACCUCCACUCAGCAGGACGUCCUCCACCUCCAGUCAGGACGACGAGAAGUCCACCCUGGAGGAGGUGAGCGAGGGGGCCAUCCCCAUCGACCAGGCCCCGCUCGGCCUCUCCUCCGCCGCCGUGGGGCUGCAGCGCAACAUAGCGGACGACGACGACCUCCCCUUCGCCCACUCCCAGACGCUCAACAAGUCCAGCUCCUCGCCGGAGCUCCAGACCCUCCCGGAGGCCUUCGCCAAGGCCACCGCCGCCGCCGCCUCCUCCUCGGGGAUGGGCUUGGGGUCCUCCUCCGCAGCGUCCGGAACAGCAGGGGCCAGUGGGGUCGGGGACGUACCAAGGGUCCGCACGCCUGUGGAGGGGGGCAAACCUCAGGGUGGGGAUCGAGAGGUUGUUGGUGGUGGUGGUGGUGGUGGUGGUGGAGGUGGGGAGUCGGGAGGACAGGGUGACUCUGUCUCAACUGCAGCAACGACAACAACAGCAUCAGCAACAGCAGGAGGUGGAACUGGAGCAACAGGAGCAGGGUCAGGAACAGCGGCAGUGGCAGGGCCAGGGGCAGGGAAUGGAGUUGGUGGCGGCAGCCUCUCCUCGUCCUCCUCGGCGCCCCGCAUGCGUCUUGAGUGCCCGGCCCCCGCCAAGCCGGGGCCCCUCUCCCCCAGCGGCCACCGGCCCCGCGGACACACCAUCUCCGUCUCGGCCCCGUCCUCGCGCCGCGAGAGGAAGAUGGACCGGGACGCCUACCACAACCGGUCCGGGGGGCCCGGCUCCAACGCGGAGAAGGCCAGCGGCCUCAGCCCCAGCUUCGUGUUCCUGCAGCUCUACCAUUCCCCCUUCUUUGGCAAUGAGGCCAACAAGCCACUUCUGCUGCCCAAAUCAGAACUCAUCGACAGGGCGGUGAAGGUUUUGGAUCAAAUGCCACCGUACGACACGCACAAGAUCGGGGUGGUGUUUGUGGGACCUGGCCAGGUCAGCAACGAGGUGUCCAUCCUGUCCAACGAGUACGGCUCCAACAGGUACGCCCAGUUCCUCACGGGGCUGGGGAAGCUGAUCCACCUGAAGGACUGUGACCCGGACCAGGUGUUUCUGGGAGGCCUGGACCAGUACGGAGACGACGGCGAGUUCACCUACUGUUGGCAUGACGACAUCAUGCAGGCCAUCUUCCACAUCGCCACCCUGAUGCCCAACAGGGAGUCGGACAAGGGCUGCUGCAACAAGAAGCGGCACAUAGGCAACGACUUCGUGGUGGUGGUCUACAACGACUCCUCAGAGGAGUAUAAGCUGGGCACCAUCAAGGGCCAAUUUAACUUUGUGGAGGUGGUCAUCAAGCCGUUGGACUAUGACAGCAACUUGGUCACGCUGCAAUGCCGUAAAGACCUGGAGGGCCUCGUGGACACCAGCGUGGCCAAGAUCGUGUCGGACCGCAACCUGCCACUGCUGGUCAGACAGAUGGCCCUGCACGCCAACAUGGCCUCUCUUGUCCACCAGUAUCGGGCCAACCCGUUAGACGCCUACGCCUCCAAAUGGCUCGCCAGGCUGAGACACAUCAAGCGCAUUCGCACCCGGGCCCAGGAGGAGAUCCAGUCUCGGCCCACGCCGGGCAUCUCGCUCACCCAGAGCCACUCCUCCAUGUCCAAGUCCUCCGGGGUCCACCACCAGCAGCAGCAGCAGGGCUCCCUAUCGGCCAACGACUCGGGCCAGCGCAAGAGACUCGUCUCCACCGUCGACGACUUCACCGAUUUUGUGUGAAAAUGACGACGACGACAACAACAAAAAUAGUCUGGGGAGGGUAUAGCAAGAAGAACUUGGUUAGUUGAUAACCCAGGCUUAGCUAACCUGCAGAAAGUGGUGAACCUGCUAAUAGAUAUACCUGCAGGCAUCAUUUCGUUAAGAAAAUGAGGACUGCAGGCUCUUCUAUUAGAUGAUUUAUCUCUAUCUUAAGUUUUAACUUAACCUGGUUUACUACUUAACCAGUCUCUUGGUAUACCCCCUUGACCUGGCCUGGGGUGUGUUUCUCGACAGUGUUGUUGCUAACUACAUUAGCAACCUAGUUGUUUGCUAUGCAUUUUCCCAUUGGCAACCAAGUACGUUGCUAAAUGGUUAGCAGUGCUGCUUUUGGAGAGACGAGGUCCUGACUCUCGGCAAGAUGAAUGUAGUUGUGCCUUGCUCCACAUUGUGACAUCAUGUGAAGCUUGGCGAAGCGACGUUCACCUGGCGAGCGUCAGGUUAACCAAAAAAAAAAAAAAUCAUCAUCAGUGUUUGCAAUUUUUAUUUUAUUGUUAUUAUUUUUUUUUGUAAAUCAAAUUUCAAGUUUUGUUUGUAUUGCAACAGCAGCGCUGUCUGUCUUUGUCUUGUCUUGUCUCGUGUCAGGACGAGCACACCGGCACACAUUGCAUUGCAUGCACACGUACGCAAGAAAAAAAGGAAACUUCCAUAUCCACUUUUGAUAACGCUUUACAGUAGGGUUCACGUGUUGGCCCCUCAUAAAUGCCCAACUACUGUCUGUAUAAGACAUGGGUAAAAGGCCUACUAGGUCUUAAUUAUGGUCAGGGCUGCGUUUCCCAAAAACCCUUAAGUAGUACUGACGCCUAAGUAGUACUUAAUUAUGAGUGGCCUCCUAGGCAAUAUACCACAUCACUAAAAGUUUAUGCAUACUAUCCUUUUAUAGGCCUACAUAUAUUACUACAUAAUAUGAUAUUAUAUUUUUAAAUAUAUAUAAGGUAAAAUAGUGUAUUUAUUUAUAAACUUUUUGUGGUGAUUUGAGACCUAUUUCUGAUACAUUGCCGAGGCGGCCCCUCAUACUUAAGUACUACUUAGGCUUAAGAGUUUUGGGGAAACGCAGCCCGGAUCAGUAAUUGAGUUUUUGGCUGUGAAGAAGACAUUUGUGAAUACACACCUAACAAAUGAUUUUGCUCAACACAUGUCUUGUAAGUCAUUUCAUACAGACAAUUAGGUAUCAGUGGCUAACUUAUGAAACUUAAAAUAAAGUGUUAGGGCCUCCGCAUGUUGGCUCCGACAGCACUGUGGAGCACUUUGGCUUCCUACAGAAUUCCGACCCCCAAACCCAAUUUCACACGAACAGAGCAUCGAUAGUCAAUGGGUGGCUCAGACAAAAUAGAACCGUGGCCGUGGACAUCAGCGCAAGUGUUCAGGAUUCUAUUCAAAACAAUGGAAUCGAACUUUUGUGAAGCAGUGCUCAGCACUUUGUCGGAGCCGAUGUGCGGAGGCCCUUACCCUCUUUUCUUAGCUGCCCUGAGUGGAGUCUAGUGGAGCGUUGCUGUAUCAGCGGAUGCCGUCUGUUGUCCGUCUGACUACUAAAUCCAGACGCUCUGUUGUCCUCCCUCCCUCACUCUGUCUCACUGAUGGGGAGGUGCGUGUUCACGCAUACUCGCACUACUAGAGCCGAGACACACACACACACACACACACACACACACACACACACACACACACACACACACACACACACACACAAACACACACCGAGGGAUUGGAUUUACACACACACAUAGACAAAAGACAAAUACCAGUGACCUAUCGUGUGUGUGUGUCAUGCACUGUGGUUUGUCUAAUUGAUUGCUACAGUGCUACCGAUCAGCUAAUUGGCUCCUUGUCCACCCAGCUCAGUGAGCCAGCGUUACAGCCAGGUCACGUCAGCACUUAUUGCUAACAGGUACAUGGAACACAUGAGCUUGAAAAAAAACCCCACAUACUCGCUCACUCGGAAGGAAGGAGAGGGAGUGAGGAAGGAAGGAAGGAAGGAAGGGAGGGAGGGAGAAAGGAAAACUCUCCACUGUGUCCUUGAGACAGACAGAUGAUUGCCAAGUCCUCUGCACACAGCCCCUCCUCUCCUCUGCUCUUCUCUAGCCUAAUAAAUAAGGCAUCAGCUUUGGCCAUGCGCAAGGAGGGCGAGGGAAGGUGUGGGUGUGUGUGUAUGCGCGCGUGUGUGUUUGUGUGUGUGUGUGUGUGUGCGUGCGUGUGUUGUUUCUCUGUCUGUUUGAUGAGUUGUGUGAAUGGAUGUGUGUGCGUAGUAUGAACGGAUGUGUGUGUGUGUAGUGUCUUUUUGUUCAUUUGUAUGUUUGAUGAUCGGUGUGAAUGAGAUUUUUUGUGUGUGUCAAAAAGUUUCUUUAUUAAUAAGCGAUAUGAAAGAAAAAAUACAAAAAAACAACCGAGAUGGCCUUAGAAGAGAAACACAUAUAGAAACAAAAAAAACACUAAAACCAAGAGUGCGAGCUGUGUGGCUGUAUUUGCAUUUGAUGUAAUAAAAUAUUAUGAGACAAAAAAACAA